AUGAUCGCUCCUGCCUUGGAGUCCAUUUCGACGGAGUUUGGCGUAGAGGAAGCCGUCAGAAGCCAAUUGAUGCUCAGUGUUUUUGUCCUAGCAUAUGCAUUCGGACCUCUACUAUUUGCGCCGCUCAGCGAGCUAUAUGGACGACGAAUCGUGCUACAGCUUGGCAAUAUCUUCUCCUUCGCUUUCAAUCUGGGAUGUGGCUUCGCUCAGAAUUCCAAUCAGAUGAUUGUUUGCCAUUUCCUCGCUGGUGUUGGUGGUAGCGUGCCAGUGAGUGUCGGUGGUGGCACAGUCAGUGAUAUAUGGCAUCCUCACCAGAGAGGUCAAGCAGUUGCAAUAUACUCCUUCAUGCCACUGUUUGGACCUGCUGUCGGUCCAAUUGCUGGGGCAUUCAUAGCCGAGCAUACCACGUGGCGAUGGUGCUUCUGGAGCACAUCAGCGGCAUGCGCCCUCAUUCAAGGCAUUGCAUGGUUCUUUCUCCAAGAGACAUACGCACCUGAGAUUUUACGUCAGAAGAAACUUGUCGCGAUCCGCAACACAGGAGACCUGAGCCUUCGUACUGGUCUCGAACGCAGAACCCCGAUCUUUGAGUACUUCCAAACAGCGAUGACAAUGCCGAUACGAAUUUUCGUCACCCAACCGAUAAUACAAGUCCUCACGGUAUAUCUUGCAUACGUUUAUGGCAUAGCCUACUUGCUGCUUGCCUCCUUUCCGACGCUGUGGACAUCACCACAGUAUUACAGCGAGUCAAACGGUAUCGCAGGAUUGAACUAUAUCUCGAUUGCAGCUGGUCUCCUUGUUGCCAGCCUGGUCGCUGCGCCGCUCAAUGAUGUGAUCUUCAGUCGAUUGACUGCACGCAACAAAGGCGUCUCAAUUCCCGAAUUCCGGGUCCCUCUCAUGAUACCUGGGAGUAUUAUGGUUCCCCUUGGGCUCUUGUGGUACGGCUGGACUGCGGAAACCCGCAUGCACUGGGUCCUGCCCAAUAUAGGAGUCGCAAUUUUCGCAUCAGGAACAGUCAUUAUCUCCCAAUGUAUCCAGACGUACAUUAUCGAUGGCUUCGCCAUCUACGCGGCAUCGGCUUUAGCCACAUCCACUUGUCUGCGAUCGCUUUGCGGAUUUGGAUUUCCUCUAUUCGCGCCAUACUUGGAAUCUGCCAUUGGUUAUGGGUGGAGCUCGACAAUACUUGGGAUUCUUGCUAUAGUGGUCGGCUUCCCAGCACCACUACUCUUGUGGAGAUUUGGUCCAACUCUACGUACGAAAAGACCGUCAACUGUUGCCGCUUAA